AUGAGUUCCGUUCGAGCGCGCCGGUCCGAGACGAGAUGGGUGACGCGAUUUAUGCCUGUUUUUCUAGCCGUCUGUUUCGGUCUGACAACAUACACCACGGCCAAGAGAGUCUGCGUGGAUCACUUCCUCCAUAGGAGUCAACAACCCAGCGCUGCGAUCGCAUUCCUCGUCUUCUACCUCGUCACUUUCACGUUCAUGCUUUUGACCUAUAUACGAUUAUUCCUGGUUAUUCAACUAAACCCCGGCGUUGUUCCCCUCGGGCAGCGAGCGAUAUGGCGGUUGGAAAAAGAAGAAAAAGAGAAACCAAGUUGGCGACGGCACAAGCAUAAACAGACCGGCGAUAUAGAGGCCAACGCCUACAGUAAUGUCGGGCCAGACGAUGACCCUGAUAGCCCUGGGCUCGAGUCCUUUUACAGCAAAGACGUUUUUCUCUGCGAAUCAGACGGAAAGCCGCGAUGGUGUCACAGUUGUUGCACCUGGAAGCCAGACAGGGCGCAUCACUGCAGUGAAAUCGAUCGAUGCGUCAAGAAGAUGGAUCACUAUUGCCCGUGGGUUGGGGGAAUCGUGGGUGAGACGUCGUUUAAGUACUUCAUCCAGUUCACGUUUUACGCAUCGCUUUGCUCCAUAGUAGUUAUCACUGCUUGCGCUGUUUGCACGAGACAACGACUUCAUACCGGUCACGGCCUUGAUGGUUUUGUGGUCGCCAUAUUGGCUUUAUCCGGCCUUCUGGGAUUUUUUGCCGUAACCAUGUUCAUCACUUCCGCGCGAUAUGCGCUGCAGAACAUGACAAACAUCGACUACCUCAAGUCCAAAAACUUCGUACAUAACCUCGCCAUUCGGGUCCCGAGAGGCAUCCAAUCUUGUGAAAAGUACAAGGUCGUCACAUAUCCGAUAUCGAAAUCCGGAGACUUGGCCACUCCAUUACCUGGAGACGUCGGUGCAAGAGGCGUGGCCAAUGAGAGGGAUAUGCUCGCAACGCGCACCUUUGCUGUCGUGAAAACCGAGCUGGGCGAGAACCCGUGGGAUCUAGGCUUCUAUCGAAACUGGAAAUCCGUCAUGGGCAACAGCAUCAUUGACUGGCUACUGCCCCUCAAGGACUCACCUUGCGCAACGUACGAGAACAAUGAGAGCUUCUACGAAAUGGGCCCCAUAUAUCUGCGAGUGCGAGAAAGGUUCAGGCUUCCGCACCUAACCGACGACGAGAAGGGGUUUACCACAUCGAAGAAAGAGUUGUCGUCGAAAUCACAGGCCAAGGAGAGGAAACAAAAGAAGCAGGAGCAGGGAUCACAGGACCGGGCCCAUGGGUCGGCCAACUUGUGA